UUGAAACCGCUUCGAGGUGGUAGAGGUGUUGCUCGAAAGAUUUCUUAAGCCAGUUUCAGUGAGUGUUUGGCCUUCGUGUGGUACGGUACAGUAAACGGAUAUUAACUGAAAGACGAAUUCAAGAAACGAAGAAGAAGAAAAUAAAUAAAAUUCAAAUGAGUGAAUGAAAAAAAAAAAAAACAUUAACUAAAGAAGAAAAAAAGAGGUUGCUUCUUCAUCUCAAAAAAGUGAGAGAGUGAUUUUUUGGAGUGUCUGGGCAGCAUCUAGCCAAAACCAAAGUUUCUAUUACAAAUUACUGUUUGACUUGCAAACAAAAUAACAACGCUAAUAAAAUAAGGUUUCGUUACAAAAUUUCACGGGAGCUGCGAUCAUGGGGAGCUUGACGGCGGCCAGUUUACAAUGGCUGUCCGCUUUCGUUUGUUUGUUAUUGUUAAGCUGUUGUUGUGUUCGAGCAGCCGAUGAUGUAUUUUCCUGUCCAAAUGGUUGGGAACUGCGCGGUCUUUAUUGUUACAAAUAUUUCAAUAUCAAACAUUCAUGGGAGAAAAGUGCCGAACUCUGCAGAAGAUAUGGUGCUGAAUUAGUGGCCAUCGAUAAUUAUGCCGAAAACAACAACACCCUGUCGAUAGCCCGCCUUAAUGAUCCCAAUCAUCGGGCAUCGGAUAAAUAUUGGCUGGGUUUGGCGUCGCUGGAUGAAUUGCGCACAAAUACCCUGGAAUCGGCAUCGGGAGCUUUAAUCUCUCAAUACUCCGGUUUUUGGUCGCUGCAUCAACCCAAUCCACAAUCAGGAGAAUGUGUGGCCGCCACCUUUACCUCGGUCAUUCAAUCAUGGAAUUUGGGUACUUGUGAGAGUUUGCUACCCUUCAUGUGUCGUGCCUCAGCCUGCCCUGUGAAUUCCAUCCACUGUGCCAAUGGCAAGUGUGUCAAUCAAAGUUUCAAAUGUGAUGGCUCCGAUGACUGUGGAGAUGGUUCGGAUGAAUUGGAUUGCCCUGCCCAGUGCCACUAUCACAUGCAAUCAGGCGGUGAUGUCAUCGAAAGUCCCAACUAUCCUCAUAAAUAUGGUGCCUUGUCCAAGUGCAAAUGGACUUUGGAGGGUCCUUUGGGUAGCAAUAUUAUUUUGCAAUUCCAAGAUUUUGAAACCGAAAAGACUUUCGAUACAGUACAAGUUUUGGUUGGUGGACGCACAGAGGAGAAAUCAGUUUCUCUGGCCACUUUGAGUGGUAAACACGACUUGACCACACAACCUUUGGUCUCGGCUUCGAACUUUAUGAUUGUCAAGUUCACCUCAGAUGGUAGUGUGGAACGUAAAGGUUUCCGGGCCACAUGGAAGACAGAAUCGAAAGUUUGCGGCGGCACUUUAAAGGCCACAUUGCAACGUCAAACCUUGACCAGUCCCAACUAUCCCAAGCAAUAUCCCGGUGGCUUGGAAUGCCUGUACAUUAUUAAGGCCCAACCUGGCCGUAUUAUUUCCAUUGAAGUCGAUGAUCUGGAUAUUGUGGAGGGACGUGAUUAUAUGUUGAUACGCGAUGGAGAAUCACCCAUGAGCCGUCCCAUUGCCAAGUUGACUGGCAAGACUGGCACCAACGAAAAGGUCAUUAUCUCCACCGGCAAUGCUUUGUAUUUGUAUUUCAAAUCUAGUCUGGGAGAUUCUGGCAAAGGUUUCAGUUUGCGUUACAUCCAAGGUUGCAAGGCCACCAUUACUGCCAGGAAUGGUACUGUAACUUCUCCAGCUUUCGGUUUGGCUGAUUAUCCCAAAAAUCAGGAAUGUUAUUUCACCAUUCGCAACAGCAUGGGCUCGCCUUUAUCGUUGAAAUUUGUUAAAUUCAUGGUCCACAAGAGCGACAAUGUCCAGGUCUACGAUGGAUCUUCAACAUCGGGAUUGCGUUUGCAUUCGGGAGAUGGUUUCACUGGAACUGCUGUGCCCAAAUUGACGUUGACAGCUUCGUCAGGAGAGAUGUUGAUUAAAUUCACUUCGGAUGCUCUGCACAAUGCAGCUGGCUGGUCUGCCACUUUCUCCGCUGAUUGCCCUGAAUUGCAACCUGGCAUUGGUGCCUUGGCUUCGAGCCGCGACACUGCCUUUGGAACUGUGGUAACCUUUACUUGUCCCAUUGGCCAAGAAUUUGCAACCGGCAAAAGUAAAAUUGUGACCGAAUGUAUGAAGGGUGGCAACUGGAGUGUGUCCUAUAUACCCAAAUGUCAAGAGGUUUAUUGCGGUCCAGUACCCCAAAUCGAUAACGGUUUCUCCAUUGGCUCCUCGAAUGUCACCUAUCGUGGUGUGGCCAUGUACCAAUGUUAUGCUGGUUUCACUUUCAGUUCCGGUUUGCCAAUUGAAAAAAUAUCCUGUCUGCCAGAUGGUCGUUGGGAACGUAAACCCACCUGUAUGGCUUCACAAUGUGCCCCGCUACCUGAGGUACCCCAUGCCAAUAUUACCCUGUUGAAUGGUGGUGGUCGUAGCUAUGGCACCAUUGUCCAAUACGAAUGUGAACCUGGUUAUGAACGUACCGGACAUCCUGUACUCACCUGUAUGUCCAAUGGCACCUGGAGCGGCGAAGUGCCACGUUGUUCGCGUAAACGUUGCUAUGAAUUCCCCAAAAUUGAAAAUGGUUUUGUGGUCGAUUCAGAUCGUGCCUACUACUAUUCUGAUGAUGCCCGCGUUCAGUGCUUCAAGGGUUACAAGCUGAUUGGCAGUAACAUUAUCCGCUGCAAUAGUGAUCAAAUCUUUGAAAAUCCUCCCACUUGUGAGGACAUUAAUGAAUGUACCUCGACCCAAUGUGAUUUGGCCACCACGGAAUGUGUAAAUACUGCCGGAUCCUUCCAUUGUCAAUGUAGGGCUGGUUUUACAGCCACCUCCGAAUGUCGCCCAGUUGGAGAUUUGGGUCUCAGUAAUGGUGGUAUUCCCGAUGAAAGUAUUACCACUUCAGCCAGUGAAGAGGGUUUCUCUAAGGGUAUGGUACGUUUAACUUCCGGAGGUUGGUGUGGUGCUUCCGCUGAACCAGGAGCCAAUUGGAUUCUGAUUGACCUCAAGGCUCCAACUAUUUUGAGAGGUUUCCGUACGAUGUCUGUGCAACGCUUUGAUGGCAACAUUGCUUUUACCUCGGCCGUUCGUCUACAAUACACCGAUGAUCUCACCGAUGUUUUCAAGGAUUACACCAAUCCUGAUGGCACCGCUGUGGAAUUUAGAAUCCUUGAACCCACUUUGUCGAUUUUGAACUUACCCAUGCCCAUUGAGGCCCGUUAUGUCCGCUUCCGCAUUCAAGAUUAUGUGGGCGCUCCAUGUAUACGUUUCGAAGCCAUGGGUUGUACCCGUCUGGAUUGUGUCGAUAUCAAUGAAUGUGCCAAAAAUAAUGGCGGAUGUGAUCAGAAAUGUGUUAACUCACCUGGAAGCUAUUCCUGCUCUUGCAACACUGGCUAUCAAUUGUAUACCGCUAAUGGUACAGCUGGCUACUAUGUGGAGAAGACCGAAACCGGAGAACGUGAUGGUGAUACCUAUCAACGUAACAAGACCUGUGUGCCCUUAAUGUGCCCGAAUUUGGAAGAACCCGAAAAUGGCAAGCUGUUGACAGACAAGGAUACUCAUCAUUUUGGUGAUAUUGUUAACUUCCAAUGUAACUUUGGUUACAUUAUGUCGGGAAGCUCUUCGCUGUUGUGCUUGUCAAGUGGCCAAUGGAAUGGUUCGGUACCGGAAUGUAAUUAUGCCAAAUGUGUCUCCCUGCCUGAUGACAAGAUGGAAGGUCUCUCAGUUUUGAGACCAGAUCCUGAAUCAGUUUUGGUUCCCUUCCGUGAAAAUGUUUCCAUUACCUGCAAUGCCCCUGGCCGUCAGUUGCGUUCUACUGCCUCGUCUGGCUUCCGUCAAUGUGUUUAUGAUCCCAAACCUGGUCUACCCGAUUACUGGUUGUCUGGUUCCCAGCCCUCAUGUCCUCGUGUUGAUUGUUACGAACCUAUGCCCACACCUGGAGCUGAAUAUGGUCAAUAUGUUGAUACCCGUUAUCAAAGCAAUUUCUUCUUUGGCUGCCAGAAUACCUUCAAAUUGGCCGGUCAAACUUCUCAUCACGACAAUGUGGUACGUUGUCAACAAGAUGGUAUUUGGGACUUUGGAGAUUUACGCUGUGAAGGUCCUGUGUGUGAUGAUCCUGGACGUCCCAGCGAUGGUCGCCAAAUUGCCAAGAGUUAUGAACAAGGUUCUGAGGUCUACUUUGGCUGCAAUCGCCCCGGUUAUAUACUCAUUAAUCCUCGUCCCAUCACCUGUAUCCGUGAGCCUGAAUGUAAGGUUAUCAAGCCAUUGGGUCUUACGUCUGGUAAGAUUCCUGAUUCUGCCAUUAAUGCCACCUCUGAGAGACCCAACUAUGAAGCCAAGAAUAUUCGUUUGAACUCCGCCACCGGUUGGUGUGGCAAGCAGGAGGCCUUCACCUAUGUCAGUGUGGAUUUGGGACAAAUCUAUCGUGUCAAGGCCAUCCUGGUUAAGGGUGUUGUCACCAAUGACAUUGUGGGUCGCCCCACCGAAAUCAGAUUCUUCUACAAACAAGCCGAGAACGAGAAUUAUGUUGUCUAUUUCCCCAAUUUCAAUCUGACCAUGCGUGAUCCUGGUAACUAUGGUGAAUUGGCCAUGAUCACCUUGCCUAAAUAUGUCCAGGCCCGUUUCGUUAUCUUGGGCAUCGUCAGCUAUAUGGAUAAUGCUUGUUUGAAAUUCGAAUUGAUGGGCUGUGAGGAACCCAAGAAGGAACCAUUGCUAGGUUAUGACUAUGGCUACUCACCUUGUGUGGACAAUGAACCUCCAAUCUUCCAAAACUGUCCUCAGCAACCGAUUAUUGUGAAACGUGAUGAAUUUGGUGCCAUUUUGCCGGUUAACUUUACCGAGCCAACAGCUGUGGAUAAUUCUGGCUCCAUUGCCCGUUUGGAAGUGAAGCCACAAAACUUCAAGACACCCUCGUUCAUCUUCCGCGAUACCGUGGUGAAAUAUGUUGCCUUCGAUUAUGAUGGUAAUGUGGCCAUUUGUGAAAUCAAUAUUACCGUGCCCGAUGUGACUCCACCUCUGCUGCAAUGUCCUCAAAGCUAUGUCAUUGAAUUGGCCGAACGCCAGGAUCGUUACAAUGUAAACUUCAACGAUACCCGCAAUCGCAUCAAGACCUCCGAUGAAUCGGGAGAAGUGCGUCUAUCAUUCAGUCCUGAAAGUGCUGUCAUACCAAUUAGAGGCUUUGAAAAUGUCACCGUCACUGCCACCGACAAAUUUGGCAACAAGGCCUUCUGUAACUACCAGGUUUCGGUGCAAGCCUCCCCUUGUGUUGAUUGGGAACUGCAACCACCUGCCAAUGGUGCCAUCAACUGCUUACCCGGAGAUCGUGGAAUUGAAUGUAUUGCCACCUGUAAACCAGGAUUCCGCUUCACUGAUGGCGAACCUAUUAAGAGCUUCUCUUGUGAAACUUCCAGGUUAUGGAAACCCACUUCGGUUGUACCUGAUUGUGUGUCCGAGAAUACCGAACAAGCCGACUACCAAGUUACCGCCACCAUUACCUAUCGUGCCAAUGGUGCUGUGGCUCAAUCCUGUUUGGGUAAAUACCAGGAUGCUUUGGCCCAAAACUAUGCUGGCCUUAAUCAGUUGUUGUCACAACGUUGCUCCGCCGUCAAUGUCAAUAUGAAUGUUACCUUCUUGAAAUCCAUCCCCAGCCUAAAGGAGGAGAAUGUGGUAAAAAUGGAUUUCAUUUUGUCCAUUUUGCCAGCGAUUAGACAACCUCAGCUAUACGAACUGUGCGGUUCCACCAUGAAUUUGAUCUUUGAUUUGAGUGUUCCUUAUGCCAGUGCUGUCAUUGAUUCUCUGCUGAACAUUUCCAACAUUGGAAAUCAAUGUCCUCCCCUGCGUGCCUUGAACAGCAACAUCUCGCGCGGAUUCACCUGUAGUGUAGGUGAAGUGUUAAACAUGGAUACCAGUGAUGUGCCACGUUGUUUGCACUGUCCUGCCGGUACAUAUGUGGCCACCGGACAAAACGUCUGUACCAACUGUCCGCGUGGUUAUUAUCAAAACCGCGAUCGCCAGGGUACCUGCAUGCGUUGCCCUGCCGGAACCUACACCAAGGAAGAGGGUUCCAAAUCCUUGAAUGAUUGUAUUCCAGUGUGCGGUUAUGGUACCUAUUCUCCAACUGGUUUGGUGCCAUGUUUGGAAUGUCCACGCAACUCUUUCACCAGUGAUCCACCAACUGGCGGCUUCAAGGAUUGCCAAGCUUGUCCUCAGAACACUUUCACCUUCCAACCUGCUGCCUCCACCAAGAGCCUGUGUCGUCAGAAAUGUGCACCUGGUACUUACUCCACCACUGGAUUGGCUCCAUGCUCGCCUUGUCCCAUGAACUUCUAUCAAAGUGCCAUUGGAGCACAAACUUGCAAUGAAUGUCCCACAAACAUGCGCACCGAAGCUCCUGGAGCCAAGGGUCGUGAGGAAUGUAAACCUGUGGUAUGUGGUGAAGGUGCCUGUCAACAUGGUGGCCUCUGCGUUCCCAUGGGUCAUGGAAUUCAAUGCUUCUGCCCUGCCGGCUUUUCGGGUAAACGUUGUGAAAUCGACAUCGAUGAGUGUGCCUCACAGCCAUGUUACAACGGUGGUUCCUGUGUGGACCAACCUCAAGGUUAUCGCUGUGAAUGUCCACCCGGUUAUUCGGGCAUCAAUUGUCAGGAAGAGGCCAGUGAUUGUCGCGAAGAUACCUGCCCCACCCGUGCUAUGUGCAAGAAUGAACCUGGCUACAAGAAUUAUACCUGUCUCUGCCGCAGUGGUUACACAGGGGAAAACUGUGAUGUCACCAUUGAUCCUUGUACCGCCAACGGAAAUCCUUGCUCCAACGGAGCCAGCUGUAGAGCUCUGCAACAGGGCCGUUACAAGUGUGAAUGUUUGCCAGGAUGGGAAGGUUUCCAUUGCGAAGCUAACAUCAAUGACUGCGCUGAGAAUCCUUGUUUGUUGGGUGCCAACUGUACCGAUUUGGUUAACGACUUCCAGUGCGCCUGUCCACCCGGUUUCACCGGUAAGCGUUGUGAAGAAAAGAUUGAUCUCUGCCUCUCGGAACCCUGUAAGCAUGGUACUUGCGUUGAUCGCCUGUUUGACCAUGAAUGUGUCUGCCACCCAGGCUGGACGGGACCAGCAUGUGAUGUAAACAUAGAUGACUGUGAAGAUCGCCCAUGUGCCAAUGAUGGAGUCUGUAUUGAUUUGGUUAAUGGCUAUAGCUGUAACUGUGAACCCGGCUACACUGGCAAGAAUUGCCAACACACCAUUGAUGAUUGUGAAUCGAAUCCAUGCCAGAACGGUGCCACCUGUGUUGAUCAAUUGGACGGAUUUGUCUGUAAGUGUCGCCCUGGCUUUGUGGGUUUGAAUUGCGAGGCUGAAAUUGAUGAGUGCCUCAGCGAUCCUUGCAAUCCUGUCGGUACUGAACGCUGCUUGGAUUUGGACAAUAAAUUCAAGUGUGCCUGUCGCGAUGGUUUCACUGGUGAAUUGUGUGAAACUGACAUUGAUGACUGCGAAAGUAAUCCCUGCUUGAAUUAUGGCAAGUGUACCGAUCGUGUCGGCGGCUUCGAUUGCGAGUGUGAAAAGGGCUGGAGUGGCUUGCAUUGUGAGCAUCAAAUAACCACUUGUGACACCCAAUCGCCUUGCCAGAACGAUGCCAAAUGUAUUGAUCUGUUCCAAGACUACUUCUGUGUCUGCCCCUCGGGUACGGAUGGCAAGAAUUGUGAAACUGCUCCCGAACGUUGUAUCGGCAAUCCUUGUAUGCAUGGUGGUAAAUGCCAGGACUUUGGUUCUGGAUUGAAUUGUACCUGUCCCAUGGAUUAUUCCGGCAUUGGUUGCCAAUAUGAAUUCGAUGCCUGCGAGGCUCAUCUCUGCCAGAAUGGAGCCACCUGUAUUGAUGUGGGCGUGGGUUAUACCUGCGUCUGUCCACAAGGUUUCACCGGCGUAAACUGUGAGGAGGAUAUUGUUGACUGCAAGGACAACUCCUGUCCACCUGGUGCCACCUGCAUUGAUUUGACCAAUGGCUUCUAUUGUCAAUGUCCAUUCAAUAUGACCGGUGAUGAUUGUCGCAAGACCAUCCAAGUGGAUUAUGAUUUGUACUUUAGUGAUGCCACUCGUUCCACGGCUGCCCAAGUUGUACCCUUCUACACUGGCGAAGCUACCAGUUUGACAAUUGCCAUGUGGGUGCAAUUCUCGCAGAAGGAUGAUACCGGUAUCUUCUUUACCUUGUAUGGUGUUGAGUCGCCCAAUAUGGCCAGCAACAGACGCCUAAUGUUACAGGCCCACUCAAGUGGUGUGCAAGUUUCCCUCUUUGCCGACUAUCAAGAUGUCUUCCUGUCAUUCGGUGAAUACACCUCCGUCAAUGAUGGCCAAUGGCAUCAUGUAGCCAUUGUUUGGGAUGGCAUGUCUGGCCAAUUGCAGUUGAUUACCGAAGGUCUGAUUGCCAGCAAGAUAGAAUAUGCUCAAGGACGUACCUUGCCACCCUAUUUGUGGUCGGUGUUGGGUCGCCCACAACCUGAUGACUCGAAAUAUGCCCUGUCAUACUCGGAAUCUGGCUUCCAAGGUACCAUGACAAAGGUUCAAGUAUGGGCCAGAGCCUUGGAUACCACAUCGGAGAUUCAGAAACAAGUACGUGAUUGCCGUUCGGAACCUGUCCUCUAUAAUGGUUUGAUUUUGAAUUGGUCUGGUUAUGAGAUCACUGUGGGAGGUGUUGAACGCAAUGUACCCUCAAUGUGUGGUCAACGUAGAUGUCCAAAUGGUUACACGGGACCCAAUUGUCAACAAUUGGAAGUGGAUAAGGAGCCACCAGUUGUGGAACACUGCCCUGGAGAUUUGUGGGUUAUUGCCAAGAAUGGUUCGGCUGUCGUUUCAUGGGAUGAGCCUCACUUCAGUGAUAACAUUGGUGUUACCAAGAUUGUGGAACGUAAUGGUCACCGUCCUGGCACCACCUUGCUAUGGGGUUCAUAUGAUAUUACCUAUAUUGCUUCGGAUGCAGCUGGCAAUACAGCCACCUGUAGCUUCAAGGUUUCAUUGUUGACUGACUUCUGUCCUCCCUUGGCUGAUCCUGUGGGUGGUGUACAAGUCUGCAAGGACUGGGGUACUGGAGGCCAAUUCAAGGUCUGUGAAAUUUCUUGUAACCCUGGCCUUAGAUUCUCUGAGGAAGUACCUGAAUUCUAUACCUGUGGCGCUGAAGGUUUCUGGCGCCCAACACCCGACCCAUCCAUGCCCUUGGUAUAUCCUGCCUGUUCACCUUCCAAAUUGGCCCAACGUGUAUUCCGCAUCAAAAUGCUCUUCCCCUCUGAUGUCUUAUGUAACAAGGCCGGCCAAGGUGUGCUCCGUCAGAAGGUUACCAGUUCUGUUAACUCGCUUAAUCGUGAUUGGAACUUCUGCUCUUAUUCUGUGGAGGGCUCACGCGAAUGCAAAGACAUUCAAAUCGAUGUGAAAUGUGAUCACUAUCGCGGCACUCAAAGUAAUCGUGUCAGACGUCAGGCCAAGGAUGGUGGUGUCUAUGUCUUGGAAGCUGAAAUACCAGUACUCAACGAUGAAGAAGAUCCAGAUCCCAGAGCACGUCAAGGACGCCAACAAACAGGCGGUGAUACAUACACGCUGGAAAUUUCUUUCCCGGCAGUGAAUGAUCCGGUAGUUCACACAUCUACUGGCGAACGUUCCACUGUCAAGGCCCUGUUGGAAAAACUCAUUUUGGAAGAUGAUCAAUUCGCCGUCCAGGACAUAUUACCCAACACCGUACCGGAUCCAGCCUCUUUGGAAUUGGGCUCUGAAUAUGCUUGCCCUGUGGGACAAGUUGUCAUGAUUCCCGACUGUGUACCCUGUGCCAUUGGUACCUUCUAUGAUACCCGCAACAAUACUUGUGUUCCUUGUGAACGCGGUACCUAUCAAUCGGAAGCUGGCCAAUUGCAGUGCAGCAAAUGUCCCAUCAUUGCGGGUCGCCCCGGUGUCACUGCCGGACCUGGAGCCCGUUCGGCUGCCAGCUGUAAGGAACGUUGUCCUGCUGGCAAAUACUUUGACUCUGAAACUGGUUUGUGCAGAUCUUGCGGUCAUGGUUUCUUCCAACCCAAUGAAGGUUCCUUCAGUUGUGAAUUGUGCGGUUUGGGUCAAACAACACGCUCCGCCGAGGCCACUUCACGCAAGGAAUGUCGCGAUGAAUGCUCUUCUGGCCAACAGCUGGGUGUUGACGGGCGCUGUGAACCUUGUCCUCGCGGUACAUAUCGUGCCCAGGGUGUCCAGCCCUCAUGUGCAGCCUGUCCAUUGGGUCGCACCACACCUAAGGUUGGUGCCAAAUCCGUUGAAGAAUGUACCCUGCCGGUGUGCUCGCCCGGUACCUAUCUCAAUAGCACCAUUAACAUGUGUGAAGAAUGUCGCAAAGGUUACUAUCAGCCGGAAACCCAACAAACUUCCUGUAUCCAGUGUCCACCCAAUCACAGCACCAAGAUUACCGGAGCUACCUCAAAAUCUGAAUGUACAAAUCCCUGUGAACAGGUGGCCGAAGGUCGUCCUCAUUGUGAUCCUAAUGCUUAUUGUAUUUUGGUGCCGGAAACCUCGGACUUCAAAUGUGAAUGUAAACCUGGUUUCAAUGGUACUGGCAUGGAGUGUACCGAUGUUUGCGAUGGUUUCUGUGAGAAUCAAGGCAAUUGUGUUAAGGAUCUCAAGGGUACACCAUCGUGUCGCUGUGUCGGUUCCUUCACUGGCCCCCACUGUGCCGAACGUUCUGAAUUUGCCUAUAUUGCUGGCGGUAUUGCCGGUGCUGUGAUCUUCAUUAUAGUCAUAGUUCUAUUGAUCUGGAUGAUUUGUGUCCGUUCAACAAAGAGACGUGAUCCAAAGAAAAUGUUAUCGCCGGCCAUCGAUCAAACCGGUUCUCAGGUGAACUUCUACUAUGGAGCCCAUACACCGUAUGCCGAGUCGAUAGCGCCCUCACAUCACAGUACCUAUGCCCAUUACUAUGACGAUGAGGAGGAUGGCUGGGAAAUGCCAAAUUUCUACAAUGAAACGUACAUGAAGGAUGAUGUUGUAUACUCCACAGGUCUGCAUGGAGGUGGCAAGAUGAGCACAUUGGCUAGGUCGAAUGCCUCGUUAUAUGGUACCAAGGAUGAUUUAUACGAUCGAUUAAAACGACAUGCCUAUACUGGCAAAAAAGAAAAGAGUGAUAGUGAUAGCGAAGUCCAAUAAAUUCAAUAGAACAAACAACCACACACACAACUGCCAAUUUAGCAGCGUUAGUAAUAAAAAAAAUCUCAAACGAACAAAAAAACUACCAGGAAUAAAAGCAGCAAACAAUCAUCUAUUAAAUAUUUAUUACGAAACGCUCGACUAAUGUAACAUACUUUAGAAACAAAAAAAAAAAGAAAAUGCUCACAACACUUUAAAUGGGGCUUAAAUGCUAGUCCUCCACAAAAGGCCCAGGCACUUAAGUCACAAUGCAAAAAAAACCAUUCCAUUUCACAUCCAUACAUACCCAUGAGAGAUACGACCACCACCAUCAUUAUCAAUGUCAUUUUACUCCACUCUCUCUCUCUUAGACGAACUUAAUUAUUUGAUGAUAUUCCAGAUGAUGACAAGUUGAAAGCUUUAUAUUGAUUUGUUGUAAUUUUUUUAUAUAUAUAUUAUUUUGUGUAUAAAAUAUUCAUUGGAAAAUGUAAAAUUUUUUCUUAUUAUUUUUUUUUUUAUUUGAGUGAUUUCUUAGAAUCUCUCUUUUAAUUUCCUGCUAAAAUUUAGUGCCUAACAAAAAAAAACACUGCAAAUUACUCAGCUUAAUGUAAAGCUUUUAAAAAGCUGCUUUAUGACGACUUGAAAUUUCAACAAAAAGAAAAAAUUCAACAACAACAAAAAUUUAUCACUAACGAAUUGAAAUGCAAUAUUUUUUUUUAAUUACAAAAACAAAUUAAACUAUUAAAUUAAAUGGUAAAACAAAAUCGAAUGGCAAUGUAAAAGUGACUCGUCAUUCGAUUUAUGUUUAUAAGAGUGCAUGUGCUUCUAGUUCGUAUUUGUUAAUUCAUAGGUAUUUUUAUUUUAUUUUAUUAUUUUUUAAUUUCAUUUUUCAAAUUUUAUAAUUUUGUAAUUUAAUUUAAAAAGAAAAAACAAACAACCACUGUCCCCCCUUCCGUAUUAUUUUUUUAUAAUUUUACUUUCCCCCACUUCCCCCACUCUACGAUCUUCCACUAAAUAUCAUUUAUUGUAGUACUCAACUCAAUACACACAUACAGCAUUUCCUUCCGUUAUUUA